GAACUACCAUGAAAAAGGAAAUAACUUCUUAGAAAAUCAUGACUGUUGAAAGAGUAGAAAUCUGUUGUAUAGCUAGCUACUCACUACAUGAGAAGUAAUCCUAAUAACUGAAAAUUUAAUCCAUGAUGGUGAUGGUGAAGAAGGCAUACAAGGCUUGAAAGUAAAAUGCUUUUUCCAGAAAUCUUGUGUGUUUGCAUUCAAGUUGCAAGGGUAAACUACAAUAUGGUGAGCAGACUAAUAAGAGUGAUGCUGAUGAAGGGCUUAAUGGUAAUAUGAGAUCAGGAUUCACUGAUAGCCCCGACAAAAUUAUUAUUACUCCUAAGACCUCUAAAAGAGGUUCCCAGCCUAAAGGGAUUUUCAAGAGUCCUCCUCGCCCGGCCAACCGCAUAGGGUUUAACUCUGUUCAGAGUUGCUCUAAGAGUGCCAUAGCAUUUUCACAGCAGCAGAUGCACGAUGUAGAAUGUUUGACAAUGAAACUCACAAAGGAAUUGAAGUCAAUGAAGGAAAUUGUGGAUGACAUGUUACGAUCUGAGUUCUGUCUAAAUACAUCACUGAGAUAUAAAGUAAAUGAGGCAAGAAUGGCUGUUAAAAAUGCCACAAGAGCUGAAGAAGCUGCAAAACGAUGCUUGUCUUUCAUGGCAAGGGAUUGCAACC